AUGGAGUCGAUGAGGACGAAUGUGUGUUGCUUGCGAAUUUCGAGAAUUUUGUUUGUAUAAAUGCGGAUUUUCUGACUGAUUUUUGUUGUUUUAGGAGAUGCCACCAAAAAUGGAUGGUCCAUUGCCGAAAAUGAAGACAAAACGGGUUAAAGCCAAACCUGCAGCGAGUUGUAAGUUGUUUCAAAUGUUCUUUGUGUUGUGUUCGUGGUCUAGAUACAAUGUUUGAGCAGAUGAAUUGAAAUUUUUGGGGGUUUUAUAUUGAUUUAGACAACAGAUGUGGGUCUAAAAUCUUGAUGGAACUUUGUGGUCUUUUUUUGAGGAAAUAAAGUAAAUCCAUGCGCUUGAACGAAUAUAACAGGGCCUUCCCCGUCUCUUGAAGGGGUAUUAAGCAUUGUGUUUGCCCAACUUCUACUGGAUUUAUAUUAUUUUAGGCAUCAGAUGUGGACCUAAAUUCUUUUUUAAUUUGCGGCUGUUUUUUGAUAAGUAGAGUAACUCUAGGGGCCGUAAAUGAUAUUUUAUAUGAGUAUAGGUGAUUUUAAAGAAUAAUAAGCGUUGGGUUUCCCCAAAUUCUGCUGGAUUUAUAUUAUUUUAGGCAUCAGAUCUGGACCUAAAUUCUUUUUUAAUUUGCGGCUGUUUUUUGAUAAGUAGAGUAAAUCUAGGGGCCGUAAAUGAUAUUUGAUAUGAGUAUGUGUGAUUUUAAAGAAUAAUAAGCGUUGGGUUUGUCGAAACGCCAUCAAUUUUAUAUUAUUUUAGGCAUGAGUUGUGGACCUAAAAAUUUUUUUAAUUUUUACUGCCUUUCGUUAGAUGAGUUAAUUUAAAGUGCUGUAAACAUGAUUGCAUGAGAGCAUGCGUGUUCCUGUAAUAUUUCAGCCAGGCUUUUUGGCCAAUAUUAAUUUUGUAUUCGUAAUAAUCCUUGACUUUGACGAAAUUCUGACCAAACAAGAUUAAUCCGAGGACAUCAAAGGCUGAAAAUUAACGCACACGCAGUUGAGUGCCUCUAUUAUCCGCUUUACGUUAGGUGUUUGCGAAAAUAUUACUUUUAAUUAUCCGAAGAAUCGAAGAUGUUAUCCUAGACCACCAAGUAUAAUAUAAGCCCGCUGGAGGGUUUGGAAACGGUGUACGCAUGGAAAUCCCACCGUUUCGAGAGUCCCCUCCCCCCGCGGCUGCUUUGAGCGUUUUCUGUUUCUUUUUAUUUUUAUGCCCGCAGGCGAGUUCGCUUUUCUUUUUUCGCUUUUUUCCUCCAAAAUUCGUUUUUGUUUUCCGCAAAUUUUUGCAAACCUUUUUGGAAGGUGUUUGUGGCCCUUGCGAUUUAUGGGCUGCAGGCUCUUCGGCGGUGUUUCAGGCGCGGGUUUGACCCGGAUUUUUUAUCGGAAAUCGAACGAAAAAUGAUGAGUUCCCAUGGGGCAUAUUUUUCGACUAAUUAGUCGAAAUUUUUGAGGAAAAGACCCGAAAAAAAUGUUGAGACGUAGAGGAAUCGGUCCAAAAGCGGGGAAUAUUCAAUAAAAAUGUUGGUUUAGCUGGGAGUUUGCUGAAACUUUGGAAAUUUUUCCAAUUUUGGGAUAAAAUUUGAUACAAAAUGGUGAAAAAGCUUUAUAACUUGUGGAUUUAGCAAAAUUAUUGGCAGUAUUUGGUAGUAAAAUCAAGGUUAUAGUAUGUAGAAAGGAUUUUAGUUAAUUUGGCAUGGAUUUGGAAAAAAUUUUUGUUCGAAUUUUUGAGAUUUUUGGCAAAAUCAUCAAUUUUUCAGUGUCUUUCUUGGAACUGAGCAUUGAUAUGGUUGUAAAAUGUAGUUUUGGCCUCUAAAUUUUAUUUUAUUGCUAUUAGCAAAAGUUUUGGCCAAAAAUUAUAAUGUUUUACGGAACGUUUUUCCAAAAAAAACUAUCCCAAAUCUUUGAGAAAACACGAAAAUUCCACGGAAACACUAUCCCUCUACUCGAGAUAAAAGUCUUGUUUUUCCACUCCGCUUGAUAAGAGUGCAAAACGCGCUCUUCAGACGAUAAAAACACCAAUUAGUAGUAACAAAGGUGACACUUUUCAUAACAAAUUGAUACUGCGCUUUUCUCGAAGUGUUUUUUGAAAAAUGCCCCUUCCACGUGAUGAGCGGCGAGACGAAAUCGUCGAAAACGCUGUAACAAACCGGCCUUGAGGCUAUUUUGCAAUAAAUUAUAUUGUAGUUGAGCUCUUUUUGCGCAACGAAUGUAUUUUUUUGAAGCAUAUGGAAUCAUAAGUGAUGGUUAGAUGGAAAUUUGGGAUCAAAAAUGCGGCUUGGGAGAUUUUAGAAGGGGUUUUUUUUUGAAGAAUGGGGUAAGGGGGGAGCAAGAGAAAAUUUUCGGAUUUUUUGAGUAUUAAAAAGUCGUAUUGUUGGCUGCAACUAACUUAAUUAGGUUAUCUACCAUGACUUAGGCAUGGUAAUAAUUCCUGUAGAAUAUUUAAAGACCAACUUUUUAUAUUGUACUUGGCAAGUUGACCAAAAAUCUGAAGUUUUUUUGGAUUUGCUCCCUAAGAUAAGGUAGUCAGUUCCAAAUUCCUGUGAAAUUCAAUAUACAAGCUAUUUAAAUCUGUUUUCACCAAUGAAUACUCUGAAUUCGUAAUGGUGCAGUAUCUUACGGUAGAAUUAAGUGCUGAAAGUUAUUAUUAAACUCGCCCCUCAGCGGAUGAUUAGCGGAUUUUUUGACCAGAAUAGAGGAUUGUUUGAGGAUUAGAGCCGCGAACGUAAAGGGAAAAUAUGGAUUAGAAUUGGUUUGAAUCCCAAGGCUCUUCCAGUUGGUUCUUACUUUUAAUAAGAUGGUGGAACAGCGGAAUCGAGAAGGUUUAUUUUGCCAAUGAGUUGGGAAAUAUUGAAUUGACACUUACGAAAAUUGUAUUGUUUUCGAUCCAUGGAAUCUUUGAUUUUUUGAAUAUAACUUUUUAUCAUUAAAAAGCCCUCAGGCGAUUGCAAACAUCACUUUUUUUAAUUUCAUCCGCGCCGAAUCAAGAAAUCACCACUUUUCUUGAUUCGGCGGGAUUGAAAUAAAAAAAAUGAUGUUUGCAGAUUGCUCGAGGGCUUUGUAAUGAUGUAAAGUUAUAUUCCAAAAAUUAGAGAUUCCCUGGAUCUAAAAUAAUACAAUUUUCGUAAGUUUCAGUCCAAUAUUUCCCAAGUUAUUGACAAAGUAAAUCUUCUAGAUUCCGCUGUUCCACCGUCUUAUUAAAAGUAAGAACCAACUGGAAAGCCCUAGGAUUCAAACCAAUUCUAAUCCAUAUUUCCCCUUUACGUUCGCGGCUCUAAUCCCCAAACGGUCCUCUAUUCUGGUCAAAAAAAUCCGUUUAAUCAUCCGUUGAGGGGCGAGUAUAAUAAUUUCCAGUCCUUAACACUACUCUCUCCCACUCUGCGGCGCAAAGUAUUGGCUGAGAAAAGUAAUGUCCCAAUUGCAGCAUCGGAUGAGGGCCCGAAGCUAGAAGUCGGCGAACUGGUCUUUGCUUUGUGGUCUGACUCGCAUUGGCCGGCGGUGGUGAAACAGGACCGCGGAGCGAAGGUUUCGAUCGUCUUCUUGCCCUACAAACAGAGGGACCAGCCGUUCAACAAGAAGAAGGCCGACUUGGUGUUCGUGGAAAGCGCGGAUCAGGUGGGUUGAGAUAGUAUCUCGAAAAAAUUCGAGAUUUUCAGCUUUCGUAUCAAGUAUAAUAUAAUUUUUUGCGAACUGAGCGAAUUUUUUUUAGCUCGUCUGCCCCGCAGACUGCACCAAUCCCGAAUACAAGCUGGCCUUUGCGAUUGGCGCACAUUUGUACCAGCUGGGGCCGCAAAAGUCGGCGAAAAUCUUGACGACUCCGUUGACCCCCAAACAGCACACCAUGGCCAUGCAAGGCAAGAAUAUCACCUACGAAUUCCUGGGCGAUUUUAAGCCCGAAGGCGACAAGGAGGCCGCAGAAGAGGAGGAAGAAUCCGUGGGACUACCGCAGGAAUUGAUCAAAACGUUCAAGGAAAACAAAAAAUCGGACCUGUUCAAGCCGCGGCCGAAGCGAAAAGUGGGCCAAUCGGAGGAAUCGCCGGCCAAAAAGGUCUCCCGAACCAUCCCGUUGAACGAGAAACUCUUCUCCAAGGACUUGAAAAAGCUGAGCGAAGAGGAAAUGACCUGCUUGGAAAAGAAUCAGGUCUUUCUGGCGGAGGUACUGAACCCAUUGAAUACGGGACUGUGGCCGGUUUUGGUAAGCGUGGAGAUUAUUUUGGGGAGGUUUUGAGGGGUUUGGAAGGGAUUGUGAAAAAUUUUUUUUUUGGGAAAACGGGACAUCUUUGUAAAAAAUCGAGAGUAAAAAAGCCGAAAAAAUCGCAAAUUUUUUUGGACGUAAAAUCUACUACAUCGCAUACAAAGCUAAAAAUUUUUUUUAUCAAUCUGAGGUAACACAUUCCUCUAAAUAUUAAAAAUUUUCAAAAAAACCCCAAAAUUUUCCCUCAAAGAAUUUGCACUGUGCGAGAAAAGCCAGAGUGCGAGCGACAGCCCAAAACAGUUUAUUGCACGGUGCAGAAAGCCGAAAAAUUGCACAGUGCAAAAAAAAACUUUUGUUUUUCGGCGACAUGCACUGUGCGAAAACAAAAGUUCACUUUGCACUGUGCAAUUUUUCGGCUUUCUGCACCGUGCAAUAGCCUUUUUUGGGCUGUCGCUCGCACCCUGACUUUUUUUGCACAGUGCAAAUUUUUUUGAUGGAAAUUUUUGGGGAGUUUUUGGAAAUUUUUUUAAUCUUGAGAGGAAUGGGGUGCCUCAGGCUGGUAAAAAAAUUUUGUAGCUUUGUAUGCAGGGCAGUAGAUUUUACGUCCAAAAAAUUUGUGAUUUUUUGGUUUUUUUCUCUCGAAAUUUUUUGACAAUUUUUUUAAAAGUUUUUUGGGUCACUUUAGAUCUUGAAUUUGUUAUAUUCGAUUGUAACUUUAAAAAAAAGAUUCAAAAAUUUUUUAAGAUUUAAAAAAAUUUAACCUAAAAUUAUAUUUUCAGGUCGAAGACAUCGACAAAAUGACCGUCCGUCCAUUCGGCACCGAAAUCGCGCCCAAAGUCGCUCAACUCUUCCAUUUCCCCACCGAAGUUUUGAGCUUUUGCUUCCCCACCGACGACUCGCAAGAGCCGCUCAGCGCCGCCCUCAACGAAGUGCGCCUGCAUCUGCAACGGGUCGGGCUCUACGACCCGCAAAACGUCUUGGAGCUGGAACAGGUCAACAUGGACGCCCUCUCCCUGAAGGAGCCCGAUCUGAACGUGGCCAAGCGCUCCGAACGCCAAAAGGAGCGCGAAAAGGAGGCGCGGAUUCGAAAACGCCUCGAGUACGAAAUGCAGAGGCAGAAUCCGCAAAACGCAGCAGCGAAUGUGGAAGACUACCCGGCCGAAUUGCACAUUGAUGAGUCGGAGUGAGUUUUUGAAUUGGGUUCUUGGAGAGGAAUGAGGAUUUGGACGAAGAAUUUCGGUCUGAACUUUUUCCCACGCUUGUCGCCAACGCACAGUGCAUUUUUUGAACUUUUUCCCACGCUUGUCGCCAAUGCACAGUGCAUUUUUGAACAUUUUCCCACGCUUGUCGCCAAUGCACAGUGCGUUUUGAACUUUUUCCCACGCUUGUCGCCAAUGCACAGUGCAUUUUCGAACUUUUUCCCACGCUUGUCGCCAAUGCACAGUGCAUUUUUGAACUUUUUCCCACGAUUGUCGCGAAUGCACAGUGCAUUUUUGAACUUUUUCCCAUGCUUGUCGCAAACGCACAGUGCAUUUUUUAAGUCGCCAAUGCACAGUGCAUUUUUGAACAUUUUCCCACGCUUGUCGCCAACGCACAGUGCAUUUUGAACUUUUUCCCACACUUGUCGCCAAUGCACAGUGCAUUUUUUUCUUUUUUUUUGCACUGUGCAAACCAUAAAAAAACCGAUUGCACUGUGCGAAACUUUUUCUCACGCUUGUCGCCAAUGCACAGUGCAUUUUUCUGGUUUCGUGGACCUGAAAACCACAAAAAAAGUCGAUUGCACUGUGCAAAUUCUUCAGCAAAACCGCGACGGACGGCACUGUGCGAAAAAGCUUACGUCGCGGCGAUUUUUCUGAUGCACGGUGCGAAACCAAAGAAAAGUGGAAUGCACGGUGCAAAAUUGGGGUUUUUGUGCACGGCGAGGGGCAUGGCAAAUGUCCAUGCACUUUAUGAAAAUGGUAAUGUAAGGGUGUGGUAAGAGGGGACCACAUUUUUUUUGUUUUUUGCGACUGGUAAAGAUUUUUUUGUUUGUGGCUGGGAGAUUGGGGAAAAUCGAAAAAAGGGUGUGGUAAGAGGAGACCACAAAAAAUCGUAAUUUUGAAGCGUUGGAAGUGAAGUUUUUGGGGGGAAAAGUGGAUUAUGAGGAAAAAUAAAGCAUAAAAUAGGGUAGGGUAAGAGGGGACCAAAUUUUUUUUUGCUUUUUUUGUCAAAAAAUGUCAGUAAAGGUCCAGCAGGCUUCUCUUGGAAGCUUUGUUAUGUUUUGUGACGCUGAAAAUUUUGGAAUUUUUGAUGAUUUUUUAGAUAUCCAUAAAAUUUUUUUCAAUUUCAGGUUAAUCCAGCACUGCACGGACCCGAUCCUCCCCAACCUCCGCAUGACCACCGCCGACAUGAUCGGCACCGUGAUCAACACCCAUUUCGAGAGCAUCUGGGCGGGCCAGGCGCCCAUUCCGCACCUGAAACGCCACCAACUCUUCCUGCACCACGUGUUCUUCACGAAGCGGUGCCACAUUUUCCCGCGAACCGAGGGCUGCUCGGCCGAUUUGUACGGCCUGGUGGACUCGGAGCUGCUGGAGAGAAUGUACGACGAAUACAUGGGCAUGGUGCGGCUGGCGAACAAAAUCCCGAGACUCACGGAGCUGGAAAGAAGCAAGUACAUUAUGCAGGUCAUGUUCCCAGAAGCAAUCGAGUUUGCGGUCGCAAAAAAGUUCGGCAUGGACACGGAAACGGUCGAAAAGUUCUUGGCGGCAUGUGACAGAGUCGUGAGUGCGAGGGAAAUGAGGUAAGGAGGAGAUUAUUUUUUUGCAAUAGUAAGGGGGGACCAAGGGAAGUUUUGGAGAAAAAGUUGGAUUUUUUGAGGCAAUUGUGGCUCGGUAGAGGAUUUUAUUAGGACCCGUGUGAUGUUUUUUGUUUGGGUUUCAAUUGGCUAUUGAAAUUUGGACGAAAUUUCAAAUUAUUGAUUUUUUGACGAAGUGUCAAAAAUUUAUUGGAUUUUUUGAAAAAGCCAGCAAAUGUAAAAUAACCACUGUAAAGGCGUUUAGAAUGUUAUAUACUGAAAUUGCAAGGCCCGAAUCUUAUAAUAAGACAAAAAAUUUUGAGAUUUUUUGAUUUUUAAAAAAAAAAUUUUUGUGUCUAAAAUUAAUUUUCACUGAUUUAAGAAUCGAUGACCCUCUUGCGCUAGCCGAGAUCAACUCCCUCCUCACGAAAAAUUGCCCAACCUUCUUCACCGACACCCACGAACAGGAAAAUCGUGCCGAAUCGACCGAAAACUCGCCUCCAAUCUUUCUCAAGUCCGAUGUUGAGGCGCAAUAA